AUGGAUAUUUGUAUAAAUAAUCUUUAUAAUAGGCAAAUAAACAAAAAUCUAUUACAGGAUGUAUUUUACAAGCUUGAAAAUUUUGAUAAUGAAAAAUUUUUAUGUUUCGAUGUAAAUUCAAGUGGGAAUUUAUUGGUAGCAUCCACAAAAACUUCUCUGUAUUUUUUUAAUAUAUUAUCUGGAACUUUGCUAGUUCAAUAUAAUUAUUGCAAUGAAAAAGAUCAUGAAGGAAAUUUAAAAAUAAAUACAUCCAAGGAUGUAAAUUGUGUAAAUAAUAAUAGUAAUGAAGGUAAUAAAAAAACAAAUGAGGAAGAAGACAUAUUGGUCAAAGAAACUUCCAAAUAUGAUAAUGGCAAAGAAUGGGAUAACAAUGAUGAAGUUUCUCAAAAAGAAGGGAAAAAAUUUGAAAAUGAGGAAAUGUGUAACAAUGAUAAAAUUAUUAUAAAUAGUGAAAAUUUAAAUAAUGAAGAUCCAUCACUAAGUGAGGUAAAUCCAAUGAACGAGAAAAGGCUUACGAAUGAAGAAAUUUUAAAAAGUGAUGAUUUAAAAAGUGGUGAUUUAAAAAGUGGCGAUUUAAAAGGUGGCGAUUUAAAAGGCGGUGAUUUAAAAAGUGGUGAUUUAAAAAGUGGUGAUAUUUGUGAUGAUAACGAGAAUUUUGUUUGUGUCGAUAAAAAUACUUAUGAAAAAUCAAAUGAUAUGAAUGAUGAAAAUUUUACAAAAAGUGAAAAUGAUGAUGAAAAUAUAAUUAACAAUAUAAAUAAAGAUGAUACAAAUGUGAGAAAAUGUAGCCAACUCUCAUUGGAUAAUGAUUGUCCUAUUAAUGGUUAUUCUAUUAAAAUAAAUAAUAAAAGAAAGAAUACCCCAUUAAAGGAGCAAAAAAUUAAGAAAGUAAAAAAACGCUCAAAGCAAACUGACAAAAAUACAAAUAGGUUAGGAGAUAAUCCAAAUAAUACCAAAGGGAAAUAUAAUGAUAUAGGUCCUAAUAAGAAAAUUCCAGAAGAUAAUUCGAAAGAUGAAAAUUAUUAUAUUAAAAAAAUUCAAUUUAUUAAAAAUGAUGAAUAUUUGUUAUGCACAUCGAAUAGAUAUUUGUACAUAUAUCAAAUUUGCAACUAUCCAAUUACUAGAAUAAUAUGCAUUGAUUUGUUAUAUUUAUGUAUUGGAAUUGAAACCAUUAUUUCUGAGAAAUUAUUUUUUCCGUGUUUUUUUUCUGAGUAUUUUUAUUUUUUAUAUAAAGAAAAUGAAAAUAAAGGGUCAAAAAAUGAUGGUAAUAAUGGUUCAAAUGGUGAUAUAAAUAAAUGCAAAGAUAAUUUUGAUAAAUUGAAAAAUAGUGAUGAGAUAAAAACGAAUUUUGGAUAUAAUAAUGAUGACAAUAGUAAUGAUACAAUAGGAGAGAUGGGUCAUUUAAAAUUAUUUGAAAAAUAUUACGAUAUUUACAAAAAUCUAAGUAUUAAAACAGUUAGGAAUUUUGAGAUACAUGAUAUUAAGUGUAUAAAUAUAAAAAAAAAAAAAUAUAUAGAUAAUAAUAAUAAUGAAAAAAGGACAAUAUAUAUAAUAGAUAUAAUUUUAUGUUUAAAAGAGCAGAUACCAUAUAUAUCAAGAAUGUAUGUUGAAAACAAAAAAAUAAAUAAUAAUAAGAAUGAUAUAAAUAAUAGACAGAUAAACAAUUUUAUUAUUGACAUAAAUCAGACAUUUCCAUUAAUUUCUCUUGAUCAAAUGAAUGCUACAUUUCAAGAAAAUGCAGGAGAAGGUAAUUUAAACACGAAGAAGGAUAUCGUUUGUACAAAAGGUAAAUCGAAAGUUAAAAAAUUAUCUUCAAAAGGAUUAAUGAAAAAUAUAGAUGAUGGUCAAGAAAAUGAAAUAAUUGAAAAUGAGGAAAGAAAAGAUAACGAAAGGGAAGAAACCAUCGUUUCGGGACCUAAAAUAGACGAUAAUAAAAAUUAUGUAUACAACUUUGAUGGAUGUGUAGAAAAGUGUAAUGGAGAGGAUGGAAAUAUAAAUAAAUGUGAAAAAGUGGAAAAAACAGAAAAUUGUGAUAUAAGUAUGGAUAAUAACAAAGAUGAUUAUAUGCAUUUCAUUAUGUUUUAUGAAAAUUAUGAAAAAAAUCGUAAAUAUGUAAAAAAGUUAAAGAAUACUUGUUUUUCUGUAUGUCUUUAUAAAAAAAAAUGUAAGAGGCGAUUUAAAGAAUUACCAACAACAUUAAAUAUUUAUGACAAUUUAGAUAAUAUUUUAAAAGAAUAUAUUGAUAAUGAAAAUAAUUUAAAAACCGAAGAAACGAAAAUAUUUAAAAAACAUAAUGAUUAUUAUUUAUUUGAUUAUUCUGAAAUGGGAAAAAAUGACUACUUUAAAUAUCCAUCUGAUUUAUUAAAAAAUAACAAUAUUUUUAAAAAUAUUAAAAGAUAUGGAAAAUUAGAUGAAAAAAAAUAUUAUAUAUUUGUAGGUACUCAUUCAUUUAUACUAGUUUUUGAAUUACGAUAUAUAAAGAAUAGUGAUAUUAAAAAAGCAAAUGGAAAGAAAAAAAAUAAUAUUUUGAGUAAUGAUAAUGUGUAUGAACAAAUUGAAAAUAUAUCAAAUGAAGUAUAUAAAGAAUAUAAUAAUUUUAUUAAAAGUGCGGGGUUAACUAUUUGUGAAAACCAUUUAAAAUUAAAAUAUUUAUUUAAAAUAUAUUUAGGAAUAGUAACACCAUUAGAAAUUGUUAUGAGAGAAAAGGGGAAUAUGAUAUGUGUUAGAACUUCAGAUAAAGUUUUUUUGUAUAAAAUUAAUUAUAAAUAUAAUAUUGAACAUUCUUUGCCGAUUAAAAAUGAGGAACAUAUAUCAUGUGCUGAUAAAAUUGAGAAAGAAAAUUAUAAAAGGGAAGAAUCAAUUAUAAAUGUGAACAAGGUGAAUGAUCAAAUAAAUAAUGGCAAAAUUGAGAAACAUAUAUAUAGUUAUAUUGAUAAAAUAUAUUUAUAUCAUACAAUUUAUAAUCCUAUUCAAAAAGAAGUACAUGAAGUAUGUUGUUUUAGUGGAGAUAUACACCAAUCCUAUUUAUUAGUAAUAUCUUUAAAGUCAGGAUUAUACACCUUAUAUAUUUAUAACUUAAAAGAUAUGGACUUUCAAAAUGCUGUUAAAGUAAAUAUUUCUGCAUAUAAAGGAUUUAAAAUUAUAAAGUGGGUUAAAUGCUAUGACAUGCUAGUUUCUUUAUCUAAUGCAAGUAAUAAUAUUUUAGUUUUAAAAAAUAAGCAUUUAAAUAAUUGGAGUUUUUUUAUGUCUGAUUUUGAAUUAAUAGAUUCAAAUAUCGAGGUUAUUGAAGAAGAUAAUGAAUUUGACGCAAUAGAAAUUGCAGAACCCAAAUAUGCAAAUUUGGAAGAUAAUAUAUGGAAAUAUAUUAUUAUUUAUUUAAAUAUAUUUAUAAAAAAUAAAAUAUGCAUACAAAAUUUAAUACAUCCGGCUUGUUCUUUUCCUACAUUAUAUACGGGAUAUUAUAAGAAUAGUCCAAGAUAUUUUUUUUAUGAAUCAUCUUAUGAUUUUUCAAAAGAAAAUAUCGUUUGUUUCAAUACUGACAUGUUUACAGCAAAAAGGGAUAAAAAAAAAGAAAAACAACAAAAAAAAAUUUCUGAAAUAAAAAACAAUUGGGAGCAUUUUAUAAAUGUAGAAAAUGAAAAAGUAGAUAUUGUGAAAGAGAAUACAAAUAAUUUAACAAUUGUAGAUAACUCUAACACAGUGCAACUGCUUGCCCCAUCUUCUAUGUAUUAUUUAUAUUACAAAAAUAUAAUAAAUUUUUCAAUAUAA